UCUGCCAGGCACAUUUGUAACCCAAAUUCAUUUCUUGUCCCAGAGCUCCACCUCCUCUGUCCUGGCACCUGCACGAGCUGCAGCUGAAGGCUCGGGAGAAGGCUCCAGUGCCCAGGCUGGAAGCUCAAGCACGAGCAGCUCGUGCACCUGGAGCACGACCAGCUCGUCUGGCAGCAGAGAGCAGCAGCGAGAGAGGACAGAGGACAAGUGCCUGGCCAUGCUGAAGAUGCUGGUGAGUGAGGGAGAUCCUGAGACUAAAUACACAGAACUGGAGACUAUUGGCAAAGGGGGUUUCGGCACUGUGUGCAUGGCAGUGGAGACUGCCACAGGAGAAGAGGUGGCCAUCAAGAAAAUUAGUCUCCUGCAAGAGAGCAGCAGCGAGCUGUGCCUGAAUGAAAUCCAGGUCAUGCGUGGCACUAAGAAUACCAACCUUGUGAACUAUGUAGACAGCUACCUGGUGGACGAGGAACUCUGGCUGGUGAUGGAAUACAUGGACGGAGGUUCUUUACAUGAUGUCAUCAGGGAGACUCACAUGGCAGAAGGAGAGAUAGCAGCUGUCUCUCGGGAGGUAAGGGAUGGCACUUGUGCUUCCAAUGGCUUGGUUGGGAUGGUCCUUCCAAAUGGGUGAUAAGGAGAGGAGAGAUUUCAUCUUCCAAGCCUUUCUCUUAUGUCCUUGGCAGUAGCAAGAGCAUCAGAAGUGCCUGCCAGUGUCCCUGCCCUUCCUCUAGUGUGUUUGUCUUUGCCUCUCUAAACACUUGCCUGGAGCCUGUGUGUGCUGCAUUCCUUCCCUGUAAGGGCAAAGGCGCUGGUGGUGCAAAGUGAA